CACAACAAACAAAUACAAGCUUGUGCUUGUCGGAGAGACAGAGAGCUAGAGAAAGAGAGAAAUGGGAGAUCAAAAGCCAAGCGCUGGGAUGUUGAGCCGAGUGUAUACUAAGCUAAAACCAUACCUGGCUAUGAUCUCCCUCCAGUUUGGUUAUGCAGGGAUGUACAUCAUUACCAUGGUCACACUGAAUCAAGGCAUGAACCACUAUGUGCUUGUUGUGUAUCGUCACGCAGUUGCCACCCUUGUUAUGGCUCCAUUCGCACUUGUCCUCGAAAGUAAAAUAAGGCCGAAGCUCACGUUCCCAAUCCUUAUGAAAAUAAUGGUGCUUGGAUUAUUGGAGCCAGUGAUUGAUCAGAACUUCGUCUACUUGGGGAUGCAGUAUACAUCAGCAACCUUUGCAUCUGCCACUGUGAAUGUCCUCCCAGCUAUUACCUUUAUAAUGGCACUUAUUUUCAGGAUGGAGAGAGUUAAUUUGAAGAAGAUACAUAGUAUAGCAAAGAUCAUUGGGACUAUAAUCACAGUCAGUGGAGCUAUGGUGAUGACCUUAUACAAAGGCCCUAUCUUGGAUAUAAUAGGGAACCUCGCCCAAGGAAACCACCAUGCAAUCGGCAAUGGUUCUGCCAGUCACCACUGGGUCCUUGGCACAGUAUUGCUCCUUGCUCGUACUUUUGGUUGGUCUGGUUUCUUCAUACUCCAAUCAAUCACAUUGAAGGACUACCCGGCACAGCUCUCUCUGACGACUUUGAUAUGCUUGAUGGGCACGCUGCAAGGUUCAGCUGUGGCAUUUGUAAUGGAGCGCGACAUGUCUGCGUGGGUGGUUGGCUGGGACUUGAGGCUUCUAGCUGCAGUUUAUUCUGGGGUGGUUUGCUCCGGUAUUGCAUAUUAUGUGCAAGGAGUGGUAAACCGUGAGAGAGGUCCCGUGUUUGUGACAGCAUUCAGCCCUCUCUGCAUGAUCAUUACCGCGGUUCUGGAGGCCAUUGUUCUAGCUGUGCCAAUCCGCCUCGGAAGUUUAAUUGGAGCAGUUGUCAUAGUCCUUGGCCUUUACUUUGUGGUGUGGGGAAAAAGCAAAGACCCCAGUUUGAGCUCAGGAAAGAUAAUGAGUGAGGAAGGCGAAGCUAAUGAAUUGCCAAUUGUGGACAAAACUAGAUCAGCCAUUGCUGAUGGAAGUGGUAAAUGAGCUCAGAAAGUUGAAGACACCAAUAAAGAUCCCUUAAGGAGGAGGAUAAACAUUGUCUCUCUUUCUCUAUCUAAUUUUAUGAAAAUAUAUAUAUAUUUAGCUUUUCACUUUACCUUAGAUUGAGAUUCCAAAUGUUCGCUUAACUUAUUAUAAUUUUUGUCUGAGCACUGUUUUAAUGCUUA